AACUAAGUAUGUAGGUACAAAAGAUCUUAUAUAUUGAAAAAGACAAGUACAUAUAAAUGUGUAUUAAGCAUAUAGUUUGACAUAAGGUUCCUAUGUUACCUACUUACAAAACAAUACAUAACUUAAAUACAACUCACUAGAAUUACGUACCUACAAAAACACAUACAUAAUGUAAUAAGUAAAUAAUUAUUUACUUAUAUAUACAUAUAUAAUUUUACUACGCUAGGGCUAGGUUGUUUGUUAUGUGUGUUACACUUGCAUACCUGAUCGGAAAGAAAAACACUUUCACAACACUUGUUUACAUAAACACUGUGAAAUACACGACACAAUAAUGAUCGAAGCGUACGAAUAAUUAAUCAAAACAAUAUAAAUCAAUCUAAUCCCGUCAAAAACAGAGAACAACAAAGUGAAAAAGCGCGCGCUUCAUUCGAAUCUGACAGUACUGCCUCCGUUUUCCGCGCGAAAUGCAAAAGAAAGCCUAAGGACAAAGACAAUUUGAAAAAAUAUAUAUAUUUUUUUUUUUAUGUUAUACAUGUAUGUAGUGUAGGUAUGUGGUGUUUGGCUCCUUUUUUUUUUUUUUUUUUUUUUUUUUUCUUUUCUGUUUGAUAGUGGCAUCUCGCAGCUCAGCCUAGGAAUAGAAUUAUUUUCGUUUGUUUUAUUAUUAUUUUUUUAUUUUUUGUCCACGUGAUCGCGCUUGCGCGUUUUGCGAGUUACACUCGCCCGUUCGUCGCUACAUACCCCUCCCACUUAGUGAGACGCGCCGGUCGAGUAUAUAAAUGCCGCGGACGCCCGGAUUUAAAAAUUAGUUGUUCACUCGACUGUCGUCGCGCUCGCACUCAGAGCGUAACUUGGUGAUUUUCCGUGAUAUUCUUAACCAAUCUUGACAAUGUCCGGUCGUGGUAAAGGUGGCAAGGUUAAGGGGAAGGCAAAGUCCCGGUCCAACCGUGCCGGUCUACAGUUCCCCGUGGGACGUAUCCACAGGCUGCUGCGUAACGGUAACUAUGCAGAGCGCGUCGGUGCCGGAGCGCCUGUCUACUUGGCCGCCGUGAUGGAGUACCUGGCCGCUGAGGUUCUCGAGUUGGCCGGUAACGCGGCCAGAGACAACAAGAAGACCAGGAUCAUCCCGCGUCAUCUGCAACUGGCCAUCCGCAACGACGAGGAAUUGAACAAGCUCCUAUCCGGCGUGACCAUCGCUCAGGGUGGUGUGCUGCCUAACAUCCAGGCCGUGCUGCUGCCCAAGAAGACCGAGAAGAAGGCUUAAGCGUUGCUUCGAUGGGAUAAUAUUGUGUGGUGUAUACAUGCAUGCGCGCAUUCAUUCGCGCCAUGCACUCGUAUACCUAUUGCAAUAUUGUAUCGCGUCGGACGCGCUGAGCUCGUCGCCCUCGUAUGCAACACACAUACAAACAAAAGGCCCUUUUCAGGGCCACAAUAUGAUUCGUCGAUACAUAAUCCAAUGUUAAAAAAAGACAGUUUCUUUAUCAGUGUCGUCUCAAAACGUACAAGUACAACGCUGUAGACUAGGCAUAUUAAUUACGUGUGCUAGGAUGUUACUCGUCACUGCGCUGCGCCGUGAUAAUUCUUAGGUUAGGUACAUGUUACAUACCUUCAUUUGCUGCUGCUGCCGCCGCCGCCGCCGCCGCUGCGUAGCCGCGCGCGCUAUCGCCGCGCGGCGCACCACCUCGCUGCAGGCGCGCCGUGCUUUGCCUUUCCACGUUACCUGUACAAAUUAUGUAAAUUCAUUUAUUUAUUUAUUUAUUUAACAGUUUAUGUACACAUAAAUACAGACAAGAAUAAAUAAUAGAUUUGAGAGAAUUGUACAAGGGCACAGCUUAUCUCACAAGAAAUUUCUUCCAGCAGGCCCGUUAUGGGAGUGUUAGAAUUGAAAAGAGAUACAGAUAGACUGUGUAAAAAGAAAGAAGAUAUAACCAAUAAAUAAUCACUAACAUUAACUACUUAAAUACAUAUACAAACACACAUUCAUUGAAAUAAUAAUAAAAACAUAAGAUAA